UUGGUUGGUUAUCCCCAAACAAGACCCUUUGUGAAGAGUAGGGGUCCGUGCCGCACGGCCUGCCAGGAUCAUGCAUGCCUACAAUACCACUGAGCUAGUCGGAAGACUUCCUAGGUAUAUGUAGGAGGUCCUUGGUGGGAGGCGAGGUCAUGAUCUGCAUGGUGGCCGAAUCCCCUAACCCACAUUGGAACAGGUUUGGGAGAAUUCAACUCCAACGACCUAUGGAGCACGCUCUACAGAAGAGAGUCAAGAACGCGGGACGGUUGUGGAGAUUGGCUGUAGCGGGAAGAUCAACUUCUCCUUGCAUUACUCCAUACUUCUUGAACGCUUGCUUACAGAGGUAUACACAUCGAUGCAUAUUCUGAGAUCACCGAGUCUCAAGUGCAGCAAUCUCCUACGGGAAAAC